UACUUUAGCAUGUAGCACUCCAUCGAAGAAUGAAAUUACUAAAACACCCCCAGAAAUCUCAAUACCCGAACGUUAAAACCGCGAUUGGCAUCAGUAUUUAGCAAAGAAGGAAUUCUCAACGGGAAAUCAAAAUAUAUCACAACUCUCGAAGUGUUCUCCGUCGGUUCUUCAACGAUUGAAUUGGCACUGUGAUUUUUGAUGCGAUCAAUGGUGUUUUCUGAUGAGAGGGAGAUGGCGAUGGGAUCCCAGAGAUUGAAUCCUCUUCACAAUUUCACGAUGCCAUGUUUGAAGUGGGGGAAUCAGAGGUAUCUGAGGUGCAUGAAACUCGGCGAUGCUUCCAACGCCGCCGUUGAUGAUCGUCAUCUACGCAGUCGCUUCCAUGUGGCUCAGCAACGCCGAUCUCUCCCGUCGUCGAAAUUCGAGGGCUUGAUGGUUGGUGGGAAGAAGCGGCAAGAACCGGAGUCGUAUCCGAGCAACGAUUAUGGGAGGGAGCGGCGGUUGAGGGUGUCGAAGGGAGAGGCGGCGGAGGGGAUCGAGGCAGUCAGGGAGAAGAUUAUGAAGGAUCUUAAAACGGCGGCGGAUAAGAUCAAAGAUGAGAUUUUUAGAGACAAAGCUUCCGGCGGUGAUGAGGUGAAGGCCGAUGAGAAUGAAUUCGAAGACCCUAAACUCAAACGGAAAGAGAAAGAAAAAGAGAGGGAAGAAUUACCAGCGGUGGAGGUGGAGGCGAGGCCGUGGAAUCUAAGGAAGAGGCGCGCGGCGUGCAAGGCUCCGAUUGACGGAGGAACGAACAACAACUACAAUUCCCCGACGAGGAAUGAGGUGAUCAACUCACUCAGAGUAAGAAACAGAGGACAGCCGGUGGUGUCGGUGGCGAAUGAAGAGAUGAAAAGGGCACGGCCAGAAUUCUCGGUGUCGCUGUCGAAGCAAGAGAUCGAGGAGGAUUUCAUGGUUAUGGUUGGGCGUCGCCCUCGGAAGAGGCCAAAGAAACGCGCACGUUAUGCUCAAAAGGAAUUGGAUUCAUUGUUUCCCGGCUUACAGCUGACGGAGGCGACGGCGGAUUCGUACAAGAUUCCGGGGCUCAUUGAAAACGGCAAUAGAUGAAAAUCCAUGGAUUGUUUGCGUUAGCUGAUUUAUGGUAAUUUCCUGACGAUAAGUAGUGUUAAAGAGUAUCUUGUGCAAAUCGGGAAUAUUUCCUAUAAACGUUGAAAUUCCCUGCAACUUUCUGGUGUAGUUUCAGUUUUUGGCGAUGCUCUUCAUUAAUUUCUUCCUUUGUUUAAAGCUA